AUGCCAGUGCCUGAGGAGUGUGUACAAGGAGAAAUGACACAAGUGUUCAGCAAAGGAACCAAGAAGAAAGAAAAGAAGAUGCCUAAGCGCAUCCCCUAUUCCUAUUUCCGAAGCUCGUGCUCCUGGAGAGUUCGAAUCACUCUGGCCUUGAAGAGCAUCGACUAUGAAACAGUACCCGUCAACCUCAUAAAAGCUGGGGGCCAGCAGUUCUCCAAAGAAUUCCAGGCACUUAACCCCAUGGAGCAGGUGCCAGCCCUAAAGACUGAUGGCACCACUAUUGGCCAGUCGCUGGCCAUCAUCAAGUACCUGGAGGAGACUCGGCCCACUCUCCAGCUCCUGCCUCAGGACCCAAAGAAGAGGGUCCUUGUGCGCAUGAUUUCCGACCUCAUCGCUGGCGGCAUCCAGCCCCUGCAGAACCUGUCUAUCCUGAAGCAAGUAGUAGGACAGGAGAACCAGCUGGCAUGGGCCCAGAAAGCCAUCAAUUCUGGCUUUAGCGCCUUGGAACAGAUCCUGCAGAGCACAGCAGGGAAAUACUGCGUGGGAGAUGAGGUGUCCAUGGCAGACCUCUGCUUAGUGCCUCAGAUGGCAAAUGCUGAAAGGUACAAGGUGGAUUUCACUCCCUACCCUACCAUCAGCCGUAUCAACAAGGUUCUGCUGGUCUUGGAGGCCUUCCAAGUGUCUCACCCCUGCGGGCAGCCAGACACGCCCACCGAGCUGAGGGCCUAGCUCUCAAACCACGCCCACUUGUUCAGGAGCAGAAGCUGGGUGGGCUGAACAGGCCUGGAAAUGUGCAAGCCCUAAGCAGAAGACUUGCACUCCUAUCCCUUGAACUUGAACUGUGGCUGUGAAUCUGCCUUAACACAACCUCAUUCUGCCUUCAAGCCCUCAUCUGUCAAAUGCAGUCAGAAUGGAAUGGGAGGAUGCUGGGAGGUGGGGGAGGAAGGAACAUUGCCUGCUCCCUAAGUCAUGGUACAGUCAUUAAGGUGAAGUGAGAAUGUAGACCAAACUGCCUGGCAAGUUUACCAGAGAGCCAUAGGGAGUCUGUGUGCUGCCUCCCAAGCCCUCUACUGUAGCUGACUGCAAAGAAUGCCCCUCCACCACCCCCCACAAUUUGAUCAUUAAACUGAAGCCCAGG